GUGUGUGGAUCUGGAAACAGGAAAGAAGCAGGGUUAGGAAGAUAAGGUAUAUAAAGAGUGCUUCUCUUCCAAGACCAUUACACAACUCAUCACACUGCUACAGCUGUACAACUUCAUCUGAUCAUCACAGCAAGAUGGCGUCAGUUUUCCACUGCAUUGUGCUCCUUUGUUUGACCGGUGGACUGUGGAUGGAGGCAGACGCAAGUUGUCCCAUAGGAAAAGGUUGCCCCCAAGGUUGGUCUCUGCUUGGCUCUCGCUGUUUCAUCUUCAACUAUGAGGAAAAGGAAUGGGCUAUUGCUGAGAAAUCUUGCACUGCCCUGGGUGGUAAUCUGGCUUCCAUCCAAACGCACGUUGAAUACCUAUUCAUCAGACAGUUGGUGAAAACGGCAACAGGCAAAAAUAAACUUUCUUGGGUUGGAAGCAGUGAUGCUGUCAAGGACGGUGUGUGGCUGUGGAGCGAUGGCUCUAAUUUUAAAUUUGGCGGCUGGGCAAAGGGGGAGCCAAAUGGUCAAGGAAAGGAAAACUGUAUGGAGAUUAACUUUAGAGAAUCUGACUACGUCAACGACUCGGUGUGUUCUGGGAAGAAAUCGUUUGUUUGUUCUGCCAACUCAUCUCCCCUGGGAUAAAGAUGUUAAGUCUUCAUUCAGGAUGUCACUUCCAUCAGGAUGUCGGGCCUCGAUGACAUCAAGGUUUCAACGAUUGAUUGACUCUUCUGAUUGGCUUUAACUUUUAAUCAAUAAACGUAUGCAUCCUGCUAAGUUCUGUA